AUGACCGCGUUUGAAAAGCGAAUACCCUCUUUGAAUAAUGUUGUAGCUGUAGAUGGCAGAGGGAAGCAUGCAAAUCAUGCAAAAAUACCGGAUAUUAUUAAAUUCGAAAUAAGAGAGCACAUACAAUCUAUUCCGACUAUGGAUAGUCAUUACUGUCGCAGUAAUACUAAUAAGCUUUAUAUUGAUGGCAGUAAAACAUUGACUGAUCUACACAAAGAUUACGUUAAGUUAUGUCAGACUGAACAUAAGACUUAUGGUAAUUAUGUAUUCAAUAAUGAGUUUAAUAUAGCCUUUUAUUCACCUAAAAAAGACAGAUGUGACACUUGUGAGGCAUUCAUGAAUGCUACCGGUGAUGAAAAACAACGACUUCGAGUUGAGUAUGAUACACAUUUAAUAGAAAAAGAUCUAUCGAGAGCCGAGAAGGAGCAAGACAAAUUGAAAGGCAGCAGUGUGGUAGUUGCUGUCUAUGACUUACAAGCAACAAUGCCUUGUCCAAGAGGGGAUGUAAGUAACUUUUAUUACAUCUCCAAAUUAAAUGUCUUAAAUUUUACAAUAACUGAUUUGAAGACAAGAGAUGUUUAUUGUAAUGUAUGGCAUGAAGGGCAUGGCAAUCGUGGUGUGAAUGAGAUUGCAAGUUGCGUGUGGAAUUAUCUUAACCAAAUAGACACUAAGGCUGAGCGAUCCAUUGAUGUAAUAUUCUACAGUGACAAUUGCUGCGGGCAGCAGAAAAACCGUUAUAUGAUUUCAAUGUACAUCUUAGCAAUAUGUAAAUUUCGAAAUAUUAGUUCCAUUACCCACAAAUUCCUAAUUAAGGGGCAUACCCAAAAUGAGGGUGACAAUUGCCAUUCUCUGGUUGAAAGAAAAAUUAAAAAGUCCCUUCGUUCAAGUGCGAUAUAUUCACCUGCUCAGUAUUUUACUUUAAUUAGAACUGCCAAAUCUAACGGAAAGCCAUUUGCAGUUAAUGAAUUGACUUACGAUAGCUUUUACGAUUUUAAAGAAGUAUCACCAAAGAUUGGAAAAAACUUUUCCAAAAAUAUUCAAAAUGAAACCGUAAAAAUGAAUGAUAUUAGGCAAAUAAAAGUAUCAGGGUCCACUCGAAGCACUCAACAUGACUUGAUGACACUUAAUUUACCUGCAGCCUAUUCAGAGAGGAUUAAAAUUUCAAGUAAAAAGAAACAGGGGCUGAUGAAAUUAGUUGAAAAAAACAUAAUUCCUAAAUACUAUGAAGAUUUUUAUCAAAACUUAUAA